UAAAAAUAAAUACGAGGAAACCAGGAGUGAGUUGCAACACCUCCGGCGGGAACAAACAGCAGUCAUCUCCUUUCUGCUCUCUAGAGUCUAGAGGAAAACAAGAGGGUGCAAAAUCAAUGAGGGCCAUCCGUUAAACACUUAUUACUGUAUGCCAUGGCCAAAUUGAUUGCCAAGUCGUUUGCUUCAACUCGAUCGAUAUCAACCUCCACUCAUCUCUCUCAGAGACUUAAUCAAACAGAAAAUGAGAUAGUUAAGAUGUUCCGGUUGCCUAAUGCAUCGGACAGCUUUCCCAUGAGUAGAAAUAUGCCAGGGAAGGACCCUUCUGUGAGGACACUGGAUGACAGGUUCACAAAGAUUUUGAAAAUUUUCAAGUGGGGGCCUGAUGCCGAAAAGGCCUCGGAAGUGCUGAAGCUGAGAGUGGAUCAUAGGUUGGUUCUCGCGGUUCUCAAGAUUGAUGUCGAGGCCAUUGUUAAGGUUAAGUUUUUCAAGUGGGCUGGGAAGAGAAGGAAUUUUCAACACAAUUCAACCACAUUUAUGGCGUUGAUCCGUUGCUUGGACGAGGCUGGUAUGGUUGGUGAAAUGUGGAAAGCCAUUCAGGAGAUGGUUCCAAGUGCACGUGUGAUCGAUCCAGCUGAAUUGUCUGAGAUUAUAAGAAUCUUGGGAAGGGCUAAGAUGGUCAACAAGGCACUAUCUGUCUUCUACCAAAUCAAAGGCCACAACUGCACGCCAACAGCUCAUAGUUACAACUCCAUGAUCUUAAUGCUGAUGCAAGAAGGUCAUCAUGAAAAGGUCCAUGAGCUCUAUAAUGAGAUGUGUAAUGAGAGUAACUGUUUCCCGGACACAGUCACAUACAGUGCACUAAUAUCUGCAUUUGGGAAAUUGGGUCGUGAUGAUUCUGCAAUUAGGUUGUUUGAUGAGAUGAAGGAUAACGGUUUACAUCCAACUGCAAAGAUUUAUACUACCCUAUUGGCAAUCUUUUUCAAGUUGGGCAAGGUUGAGAAAGCUUUAAGUCUAGUUCAGGAGAUGAAAGAGAAUGGCUGUCCGCCUACUGUUUUUACUUACACUGAAUUGAUAAAGGGGCUAGGGAAAUCUGGGAGGGUUGGAGAUGCUUAUGUCAUAUACAAAAACAUGCUGAAGGAGGGUUGUAAGCCUGAUGUUGUGCUCAUGAACAAUUUGAUAAACAUUUUGGGAAAGGAAGGUCGCAUAGAAAAUGCUAUUAAUCUUUUCAAUGAGAUGGACAUUUUGCGUUGCACACCUAAUGCGGUGACUUAUAACACGAUAAUUAAAGCUUUAUUUGAUUCCAAAGCUCCAGCUUCAGUUGCAGCUUCAUGGUUUGAGAAGAUGAAAGUGAAUGGUGUUAUUCCGAGCUCUUUUACCUAUUCGAUUCUGAUAGAUGGUUUUUGCAAAACAAAUAGAGUUGAGAAAGCUUUGUUGCUUCUUGAAGAGAUGGAUGAAAAGGGAUUCCCCCCUUGUCCAGCUGCGUAUUGCAGCCUGAUCAACAGUCUUGGAAAAGCAAAGCGGUAUGAAGCUGCAAAUGAGUUAUUUCAAGAAUUGAAAGAAAACUGUGGACGUGCAAGUGCUAGAGUAUAUGCCGUGAUGAUUAAACAUUUCGGAAAAUGUGGGCGUCUUGAUGAAGCUCUGGAUCUUUUUCACGAGAUGAAGAAACUUGGAUGCAAUCCGGACGUAUAUACUUAUAAUGCCCUGAUGUCAGGGAUGGUCAGGGCUGGUAUGAUAGAUGAGGCACUUUCCUUGCUUAAAACCAUGGAAGAAAGGGGCUGUGUUGCAGACAUAAACUCACAAAACAUCAUUUUAAAUGGCUUGGCUAGGGCAGGUGGCCCAAAGAGGGCUUUAGAAAUGUUUUCAAAGAUGAAGCAUUCCAAGAUUCAACCAGAUGCAGUUUCUUAUAACACUAUUCUUGGUUGUCUCAGUCGAGCUGGCUUGCUUGAAGAGGCUGCAAAGCUGAUGAAAGAGAUGACUUCAAAAGGUUUUCAAUAUGAUCUCAUCACCUACUCAUCAAUACUUGAGGCAGUUGGCAAGGUUGAUGAAGCUGAUAUGACUUCCUUAAGGGGAUCUGGAAACACGCUCUCUUAAAUCCCAGUGGCAUGGCAUCUGUCCUGAUCGACAACCUAGUAACCUUUCUUUUAGAUCAAAACCUGGUAAAGCUGAGGGCCUGCCGUUCACACAAGUGAUUGCAAUCCAAGUACUUUUACACAUUAUAUGAAUGAGGCUUGCUCUGUCACUUGAUAGUUUGCACUGUUUCAUGUAACAUUGUAGGCUAUGAAAGAGAUAGACAUAUACUUUAGUGUUCACAUAAAAUAGCUUUCUAAUUUUCUAUAAUAUGAAAAUAUGAAAUGAUUAUGAAUUCUAAAUGUUCAUCCAUUGCCUGUUUUAUAGGGAAUAUUGAUGAUUACAUUGGUUGACUCAGCAACUUAACACGUAUGCCCGCCCCCAUUUUAAAUAAUUAUUAACUACUUGGCUUUAUAAGGCACUUCCUUUUAACGUGCCUUUGGGGCUCUGUGGAUGCAGAGCCUCAGUUCCACAGUCCAACUCUAGAGGCACUCCUGAUGGUAACGCCUAACGCUGCCUUCAUGCUAGCAGCCUUUAUGUACUCUUAGUGUGGAGUAAGUUAUAAUCAAAUUUGUAAUGAUGGGUGGCAUGAGAAGAUUGACAAGUGAGUUAUGAUCAAGAUGUUGAUAGAGUUCUUCAAAAAGGUGCCCAGGAGAACUAUGAGUGCAAGUGAGUGCGUCACCAGGGGGUGGUGCUUUGCAAUGUGCAAUUCUUAGUCGAACCUUCAAAGUCCAAGAGUUUCAGCUUUCAGAAGAGGAGGAAGUUGAGGUUCGUGUCCCAAAAGAGCAUCCAAAGGAGGCUACUAAGAUGGAGAGUCUUGAGACCCCCAGCGAUGCGGUUCCCCAACUGCUGAUGAGGUAGAUGUAAUCAAGAUGCUGAGGGUCCUGCUUAUGCUCGGUGCUGAAAAUUGUGUUCCCGAAUCAGGAGCCAAGCCUAUGCAGAUGGAAACAGAUACUAAGGUCAGUAGUCUUUUGUAAAGUUAGCUUAUGGAGGAAUGGCUCCAGCUGAUGUGCAGAAGGCAAUAUAAAUGAGUAUGAGAGGGCUUUAGAAGAUCAUGUUAUGGAAGAAACAAAAGACAUGAAAACAAGGAUCUUGGUUUUUGUAAAUACGUUGAAUAUGUACUGAAGUGAUUUGAAAAAGUUGCAAGAAUGAAGCAAAUUCAGACUAAUCAGUCAGAAGUCUUUCGUCUUACAUAUUGGCAAAUGUUACCAUGAUUUUCCAGCUACACAUAUGAAGCCUGAGAUACAGACCUACUUCUGUUUAAGUGGCUUUAGUUCUUAGAAAGAGAGCAAGUCCACAAACUUGGAAUCCUAUGAAGAUUGUUACUCUGAUUAAUCAUGAGUAUUGACUUGAUCCUUCUAUAAAGCAAAGAAAUGUAUCAGUGAUAACUAGGAGGCUUGUCAGUGGCAUGGUGUUUUCAUUGCAACAUAUUAAUGGCUUACACAGGGCUGCAGUCAUCUCUAGAACCUAUAUAUGGUUUUAUAUUAUAAUUGGAACAAAGAGCUGAAAUAAGACCUUUUCAGUCAAGACUGGGACCUAUGACUUUUAAGGUCUGAGGGGCAAUGUUUGAUUUGGGAGGCUCGUGCCUCACUUGAAAGAAAUGGUAGGAUUUGCCGCCUAAGAUUAGCCCAAAAUAUGAGCCUUUCUCGAGUUCCCGGUAUUCGAGCUACAUUGUUAGAUAUGGGACCGGGUCAAGGAAAUUCUCAAGUAUAUCAUGAUUCCAAAUUGACAUGAAUCAGAAGAAUUAUCUCAUGUAAUCAUUGUAGGAGGCAAGCAAAGGAUGUGCCAUGCAACACGACAAGCUGACAUCCAACGUGAAGAGCUUGAGAGUUCCAAAGUGUUGUGUUGUGUAGGUGGAAGCUGGAGUCAGUUCACAGUGUGAAGACAUCUUUGAUUUGCAGAUGCAGCAUCAGUAGAUGGAAGUCCACUUUGAAGGAAGAGUUUCUAAUGCGCAUGACAAUUAGCUCAGAACAUCAGUUCAGUUGGUCCAAGCAACCACAUUGUUGCUUCAAAUGGUGGCAAUGUGCUGCAAGAGGAUUACUACCACACUUGCAAACUUAUAUUUUGGGAUGAUCAUCAACAUAAGUUGGCAAGUAUCGAGUAUGUCCUUUUUGUGUUGGUUCAUGACAAUAACAUGGAAUUAUAAUUUUUGUCUUUGGAUACUGAAAUUGCUGGACUGCUACGCCCUUUUAUGAUUGUAAAUUUGUCCGACAAUUACAAUUAUGAAGUUACCCUUAUUGUUAUUCAGAA